UGACCCUGCAGACCCCCAGGUUGGGCAAGAGGAGGGGGCUCGGCCUCUUGGAGUUGCCCUGGGGGGGGCUGCCAUCUGGGGGUCCCAGAAAGGGCUUUGCAGGGGAAACCUCCACCAACCUGCCUUGUGCCAGCCAGCCUGGGUCUGGCGUUGACAUGAAGGCAACGGAGAAGCGCUCAGGCUGCUGUCAAGGCUGUGGGGCAACCUCGGAGGAGGAGGAGGAGGAGGAGGAGGAGGAGCAGAGCAUCUGCUGAGAACCGAAAGAGGAAAUCCUGCCUGGAGCUUGGAUCUGCAAUGACAGGGAAAUCCGUGCGGGAUGUGGACAGAUACCAGGCUGUCCUUACCAGCCUACUGUUGGAAGAAGAGAACAGAUACUGUGCAGACUGUCAGGCGAAAGGGCCAAGAUGGGCCUCGUGGAACAUCGGUGUCUUCAUUUGCAUCCGCUGUGCUGGAAUACACCGGAACUUGGGAGUUCAUAUUUCCCGGGUAAAAUCCGUCAAUCUGGACCAAUGGACACAAGAACAAAUACAGUGCAUGCAAGAAAUGGGAAAUGGGAAAGCGAACCGCCUUUACGAGGGCUACCUGCCUGAGAACUUCCGACGGCCCCAGACAGACCAAGCAGUGGAGAGCUUUAUCAGAGACAAAUAUGAAAAGAAGAAGUACAUGGACAGAAGCCUCGACGUCAACAUGUUACGGAGAGAAAAGGAUGAAAAAUGGAAGAAGGACGCAGCUACUGGAAAGAAAAUGGAGCCAGUUGUCUUUGAGAAAGUCAAACUGCCUCAGAAGAAAGAGGAGGCUCAAACGACAAAACCCCUUUCCAGAUCCUCAGAGCCAGUCAUAGACCUGCUGGGACUCGAUGUUCCUGUUUCAGCUGCCCUCCCCAAUGGAAGAGCCAGCAGUUUGGAGAAAGAGUUGGACCUAUUUGGAUCCCUGGGCACUGAGAGAAAGGUUGCUGGCUCAAUGCCCACAGCUGGAAGUGCUGGCUCUGUUCCUGAAAAGCUGAACCUGUUCCCUGAGGCAGACAGCAAGGCCGAGGAGACGGGGAAGAAGCAGCUGUCCAAGGACUCCAUCCUCUCUUUAUAUGGCUCCCAUACGCCACAGAUCCCUGCACAAGGAACCGUGUUCCUAGCGCCAACCCAAAUGGGCUACCCAGCCGCCUAUCCCAAUUUCCCAGGCAUGGCACCACCGAGUGGCAUGAUGGCACCACCAGUGGGGGUGAUGGCGCAGCCAGGAGCGGCAGCAGGCAUGACAGCACCUAUGGCGAUCCCAGCAGGUUAUGUAGGCGGCAUGCAGACCGCAGUAAUUGGGGUCCCCACUGGGAUGAUGGCAACACAGCAAGCUGGGUACAUGCCUGGCAUGGCACCUGUCCCACCACCAGUGUAUGUUGUACAACCAGCUCACCAAUUACAAUGGAACCUUGCUCAGGUCACGCAGCAAAUGGCAGGGAUGAACUUCUGUGGCACAAACGGGGUGAUGCGCUAUGGACAGUCAAUGGGCAGAGGGGGUGCCCCAGGAACCAAUCAAGCCCUCAGUUCCCAGUUCUGUAUGAAGCAUCGGUUAUUCCCUGAUGUUCUGUUUUUACUUACCUUGCUGCUGACUCUCCGACGGAUAUUCCUCUCGCGAACGGACAUCCAUUCUGCCAGUUUCCCACCUCAUGUUCAAAACACCGACGGAGUCUUUGCCACCUUGGCUCAUCCUGUCCAUAGGCGAGCAUUUUUUUUAAGGAGGGCGGACCAAAGAUGGCAGCUGGCCCUUCCGGUAGAUGUGACCAUCAUUUUCAAAGCCUGUUCUGGGAUUGCAAAAGGAGCGAUCACGAUGGCUGGUGUGACCUCUGCGUCUUUAGUCGAGGCUUCUUCACCUCAAGGCACUUUGUAUUUUAGGACUUUGGCACCAAAUACUCUUCGUUUUUUUUUAUUCCACCAAUACAUUCCAUGAUUUUGGUGGGUGUUUUACGAAACUACUUCAUGAGCUUGAAAUGCGUUAUCCCUGGAGAGGAGCUCCAUGAGCCCUCAAGCACAAAUUAGGCUUCUUUUCUGAAAGUUGAGAGUUGGGAGGAGACAUACCUCUUUUAAAAGCAAGUGCUGCUUGUUUAGUCCUGGCAUAUUUAAAUGCUUUUUUUCCCCCUUUCUCCCCACUUUAACCUUUGAAAGAUCUAGCCUAGCGUUUCUCAAUCUUGGCAACUUUACAAUGUGUGAAUCUCAACUCCCAGAAUCCCAGUGCUUGCUGGGGGAUUCUGGGAGUUGAAGUCCAUCUCUUGACGCUCCUGAGGUUCAGAAACACUGCUUUAGCUGAUGCUGAAGGUCCAGAAUCCUGGCAAGUUUUCAUUUGCAUUUGUUUUCCCUCGUGUAACUCUCACAAGCACCCAGCUUGCCCGCAUGAUGACUUUAUCGGAGGGGGGGGGAAGCAUCAGAGAUGGGGCCAGUCUCCCAUCUCAGUCAUUUCACACAAGCAGUGAUCACCCAGUCCAUAAUUUUGAAAGGUUUUUGUAGCACAAAUUGAAGCCAGGCCACCUACUUUUAUCUUGUGUAUAUGUAAAUUCAUUAAUAAAAUGCUGCAGUGAAACUCUUUA